UGUUGCUUUCCAUUUACUAUUUCUGCUAAAGUUCAAUCAGAAUUGUCUAUCACAUUAUCCUUGUUGUUUAUUUAAUUGUCACCUGUGUUUCUAGUUCUUGUACUGUUAUUCGUUAAUCUUUUCGAGCAAUUUUUUUUGUUGAAAAUUUCCUAAAUAUGAUGUCAGCUUGAUUUUGGCCUUUGAAAGCAUUGUUUAUCGGUUCCAUCACCAGAAAAAUCUUCUGCAUCAUUUACAUCUGUAAUUUCUGAACUUACAAAACUACUGAUAUAUACCCACUAAAAUAAAACUGCAAGCUAGUUUCUGAUCUGCAAUGGCAGACGCCAUGCUUUCUUUUGAUUACGAUUUUGGUACAGCUCGAGAUGGUUUGACCUCUUCAAGUAAAAGUUCUGGAGGCAUUGAUUAUGGGCUCUAUCAGAUGGAUUCAUCAUUGGACGAAGGGUUCCUUUUCUCCAAGUAUCAACAGCAAGAACAGGUGCUACAGCCGUCUUUCGGUUAUAAAGAUUUUGACGAUCAAAGACUUGAUGUCCUUUCUCCACUUCUCCAAACAUAUUUGGAGGAAAUAGCAAAUCCUGAUGAAAUCCCACGUGGAAUUAAAGAUGAUUCAGAACCCAAGAAGACAAGUCAACAUUAUUUUUCCCUGGCGUCACUGGAGCUGCUAAAGAAAUAUGGUAAUAAUGGACGAUUAAAUGGUGGUAGAAUUAUUGAUCCAAGCUCUGAUGCACUAUAUACAAAGCAUGCAAGGAGUGAAUUGUCAACAGAAGAAAUCAUCAGAAUAGCUGGAGCAAGGUUCAUACAGUCCUGUUGCCAAACGACUGAUGUUGCCUCCAUGCUCAACAAUCCUUUCAGUUUAUCUUUCUCUGACCUUUCAAGUGAGGUAGCCAAAAAUGUGGAGCUUGUUGAAUUCCUUCUAGCUUCUGCUGAGAAAGUUGGCAAUCAACAAUACGAACGUGCAACCAGAUUGCUCAAUUACUGUGACAUCUCGUCUUCCAAUACCGGAAAUCCAGUUCAACGAGUGGUUUACUAUUUUUCCGAAGCUCUACGAGAGAGGAUUGAUGUGGGAGCAGGAAGAAUUUCAUCAAAAGGCUUCAAGAAAAGUCAGUCUUUUAAUCUUAAUCAGCAAAUGACAAUUCUGAGCUCUGCAUCCUUCGCAUGCCAUCAGAGAAUUCCUUUCUUUCAAGUUGCAAGCUUCACUGCAAUCCAAGCAAUUGUGGAAAAUAUGGCUGGGGAAAAAAGGAUUCACGUAAUUGAUCUUGAAAUUAGAAAAGGCGUCCAAUGGUCAGUCCUAAUGCAAGCUUUAUCGUCUCGCCAUGAUUGCCCUAUUGAGCUUCUAAAGAUAAGCGCAAUUGGAACGACUUCAAAACAAUUAAUUGAUGAUACAGGUAAAACGUUAGCCAGUUUUGCAGAGUCCAUGAACAUACCUUUCUCUUUCAAGGCGGUCAUGAUAUCAGACAUGUUGGAUCUCAAAGAAGACUUGCUUGAACUAGAUACAGAAGAAGCAAUAGCUAUCUACUCUGAGUAUUCGCUAAAUAACUUUAUUUUUGCACCAAAUCGUCUUGAUUCUGUAAUGAGAGUGCUUAGAAACAUCAGUCCACAGAUAAUGGUGGUUAUGGAAGUUGAGGCAAAUAACAACUCACCUUCUUUUGUGAACCGUUUCAUUGAAGCCCUCUUUUUCUAUAGUGCAUAUUUCGAUUGCUUUGAUGCUUGUAUGGAUCGGGAUGAUCCGAACAGGAUGAUUACAGAAAUGAUAUUCUUUCAUCAGGGAAUAAGAAAUAUUGUGGCUAAUGAGGGAGAAGAAAGAAGGGUACGACAUGUGAAAAUUGAUACUUGGAGGUCAUUUUUUGCUCGUUUUGGAAUCAUAGAGGCACAAAUCAGCACUUCAUCCAUGUACCAAGCAACCCUUAUGCUUAAGAAAUUUGAUUGUGGGAGUUCUUGUACGCUUGAUAUGAAUAAUAAAAGUCUACUCAUUGGAUGGAAGGGUACACCAAUUCAUUCACUUUCUGUUUGGAACUUCAAUUGAAAAGACAGAAAAGGAGCUACUGAAUUCUAUAUGUAGUUCUUAAGACAUCCAUUAAUUGAUCAACUUAUUUCUCUUUGCUUAUUUUGAUAGUAGACACCUGUUGAAGGCGUAUGUGGUGAUGAUCAGAAAUGUCUGUGAGUGUUGUCUGAACUCUGAAGACUGAAUUUAAAACACAGUUCCAUUAUGUUUCUUGUAUUAAAUAAAACUGAAAGCACUCAAACAGAUAA